AUGGAAUCUACAAACCCAGCACCGAUGAGGCGUAGCUUUGGUACAACUGUCGCUGGCCCAAGGAGAAUGGAUGCAGGUAGCCUGCCUGUUCUCAACCAUGAUCAAUCAUACCGCGUCGAUGCAGAACAACAUUACUUCUCCACUUCUCACGACCACCCGACUGUUCAGCGACGUCAGUCAGCCAAGCAACUCAUCGACAGAUACGAGUCCAUUUCGCGAGUGGGACCAUCAACCGCUCGUAUGCCACCAAGCGCAGCCCGUUUUCAUGGUUUAUCAUCUCGCUCCGUUGGCAAGGGCAAGAGAAGGUCUCUAAGUGCCUCACUGCGCAAUUUCCUGUCCGUCUUCCAGAAGGGAAGGAAAGGAAAGGACGGAGAUGACCAAGAAGAAGACGUUCCUACAGUUGUGGUCGACGCACCGAGCAUGGCUCAGAUCCCUUCAAUGUACACCGAGAGUGCUCCCCUCCCUCAUGAUACGGGUGCUGUGGUCCUGUCAGCUGGUAAAGUCUCUGCACUCCGACACUCUGGUGCGCUGUUAUAUCUUUCCAUGUCAUCAUCCUCCACUACUUCGCCCAUCCUGCCCGUCUGGACGUCCUGCAAUGUCACCUUGCAUACCCCGCAUAUACUCAUAACAUGGUAUACUGUUCACGGCAAUCCUUCGACUCAUGUCCUUCCACUAGAUGGUUGCACUGAUGUCCGUUCUGUCUCUCUGAACCGACUGGAUCUUGAUGAGAAGGCUCUUCUUCCGACCCAAACAGACCAUUCCGAGCCGAAGGUGUUCGAGCUUCUGUUCGAGGACCGUCGAAGAGAAAAAUUUGCGGCAUCAUCGAGUCAAGAACGGGCACGGUGGGUCAGCGCUAUAUGGGAUACAUUACUUCAAAGACAGUCGCAAGGGAUAACACGCGUACAGGCGUUAACGAUACAGACAAACUUGCAGCGUAAAAGUCAAGACUACUUGCAGCCUCCGUCAGCAUCGGAGUAUACUUCCUCCGAAUACACUUCGUCUAGUGAUGUUGAAUCCGAGACCUCGCUGACGACGGAGCAGUCCCUUCCUCCGACGCCGAGCAGUAAAUCAGCCCUGUCUACACAGUCUCCAGCUCGUUUCAGUCUACACGACUCACCACACAAUCGUUCUCCCAUGUCACUCUUGCCUCCACGCCCUCCGUCACAAUUAUCACCAUGGAGUCCUAGUCCUAAGAGUCCCUCCAUUGCUAAACUCGGACACCUUUCCGUUGUCACACAACGGUUGGCGCAGAUCGACCAAACAAGUUCGCCAGGAUCAGCGAGUAGUGACUCUAUCUUGCCGCACUUACGGGGUGCUCAGACCAUCCGGCCUACGCGUGCUCGCCGUGCGUUUGCGGAAAUCCAUAAGAUCAAAGACGAAGGCUUUUCGAGCGACUCGCCGUUAAGCAGUGGUGGACCCAGCCCGCAACCGAGAUCACCGGCAUCCAUCGAAACAUACUCUUCGCGGUCAAGGAGUGCUUUCGUUCGUAGUGGGACGUCUCUAACACCUGCUCCGACUCUUCUUGAGACUCCGCGAGUUAUCGUGGAUGGAUUACCGGUUCGAUCUCCCUCGCCAUCUACAGUAGACAAGCCUGGUCUGCAGGUGGCGCCCAUUACGGACCUGAUCAAGGAGGGCGAAGCAAUGACUUUUGAUCAAACGACAGGUAUCAGGGAACAAAUAGCUGCGUUACAACGCGAUAUCCAGCACCUUCCCAGCGAGCUGGCACCCUUGUUGGCUGAUACCACACGCCAAUCUUCCACCGAGGCUAAGGAAGCUAUUAUUUCUACGAUACAAACCUUGGUUGCCAGGGUAGAGGAGAUUCAGCAGCAGGACUCCUCCAGCACUAUCCAGCUGCAGGGAAACUCCAUUAUGAAGAUCCUGGACGUCAUGCAGACGCAGUUGAAGUCGAGUCUUCCUCGUGUCCUCGAAAAACUCGAUGCGAUCCAUGACAAUCAAGAGCGAGAAAUGUCGACGUCACGCGCGAGGAUCGCCAUGAACAAUCUGGGACCCCCUCUCUCUACACCGACUCCGCCAGCGGAAGGUCCAACGCCCUGUCUGGAUGUGGAUCUCUCGGACAUAUAUGCAAAGCUGGAUGAGCUAGCCUUACUUUACAAGACUGGUAACACCCCGUUGAGCCCCACUCUGGGACACCCCCGCGAAAAUGCUGAAACUCCAGAGAAGCUAGCGCAUGAAUUGUUAGACGACAAGCUGAAAGCCGUUCUGGAUUACCUGAACGCGGACGAAGAACAAAAAAAAGUGCAGCUCGAACAGCAGGCCGACAGCGUCCGCUACCUGAACGAACUAAACUCGUGGCUGGACGCGUUUGUCAACAAAGGCACCACGCAGAUACAGGCCGUCGCAACUGGUGUUGAACAAAUUUGUAAACAACUGGGUAUCAGCACAUCCGAAGAGCUUCGAAGCACCAGCCUGAGUGGACAGGUGCAACAACUACUAGAGGCGGCGCGGAGUCGAGUGCACAAUGAAGAUGACUUGCGAUCCACAGUCCAUGAAUUGAUCCAGGUCGUUCAAGAACAUCUCACUCAUGGAAAUGAGCAACGCAAAGCACUCGUGACGGACUCGGUAAUGGAAAUUAUCAAUCGCCAAAGAGCAGACCAGGAGCAAAUGCUGCGAGCGUUGUCGAGCGAACUGACGGAGGAGAUCCGAGGGGAACGACUGCGAUUCGUGGAAGCGAUGAAAGAAGCCACAGCAAUUAAUGUGCAAGCUCACGUUGAACAUUUCAAGGCUGAGUUGGGUCGCGAAGUUGCAGUAAUGACACAAGACGUUGGAAGGCUGCACAAAGAGAAGCAAGCGAUCGAACAGCAAAUUGCAGACCUAUUCGCAUUCUACUCCAAGCAAAAGCAGGAAUCCGAGGCUCCCUAUCGGCGUGUCCCUCCAAGGUCUUCGGGCCCUCAAAAUGUUCAGAAUAUAGCUGGCUCGGAAUUACCGCAACGACGUCCGUUACCCAGCCCUGAAAACCACGGUGUUGAUGAUAUUAGGUUUCAAAGGCGUGAUCCUCGGACUAGAAUCAGAGCUGAGUAA